UCCAUCUGGAUUCCUUCUUGCCCCCGCACUCUCCGUAAGAUAGUCUCUUGGGUGUGCUCCUACCUCAUGCUAACGUUAUAGUCUCACAAGAUAUGGAGUUUACCCCAGGUCCAGCCAUCCACAAAGUGCUUUGCGCAGACUGUGGUACACCGAUCGUUCCAAACUCGGCAAAUCUUUGCGUAGCAUGCUUGAGAAACACAGUAGACAUCACAGAAGGUAUUCCAAAGCAAGCAUCUGUGUCGUUUUGCAGGAACUGCGAACGCUUUCUCUCACCGCCCGCAAGCUGGGCACUAGCACGACCUGAGUCCCAGGAACUUCUCGCAAUCUGCUUGAAGAAGCUUAAGGGCCUCAACAAGGUCCGGCUUACCGAUGCGCAUUUCAUCUGGACGGAACCACACUCGAAGCGACUUCGUGUCUCGCUAACCAUCCAAAAAGAAGUCCUCACGGCCACAAUCCUCGAGCAAAUAUUUGAGAUCGAGUACCUCGUUCAGCACGGCCAGUGCCCAGAUUGUGCAAAGCUUGCGGCGAAAAACACGUGGAAAGCUUUGGUGCAAGUCCGUCAGAAAGUGCCGCACAAGCGUACUUUCCUCUUCCUCGAGCAGCUCAUUCUCAAGCACGGAGCGCAGAAAGAUACGAUUUCUGUCAAGGAGGUUCGCGAUGGACUGGACUUCUUUUAUAGCUCGAGAAGUCACGCGAUCAAGAUGGUGGAAUUUUUGGGCGGCGUCGUACCUAUCAGAUCGAAAGCCUCGGAGCAGCUCUUGUCAGCAGAUACACACUCCCAUACUGCAAACUUCAAGUACACGUAUUCCGUAGAGAUCAUUCCAAUAUGCAAGGACGACCUCGUCUGCAUACCAUUAAAACUUGCCAAGCAGAUGGCGAAUAUCAACCCCUUGACCCUCUGCUCGCGGGUGGGUAACACUCUCCACCUUCUCGACCCAUCUACCCUACAGGCCUGUGAGAUCACUGCGCCGAUAUAUUGGCGGGCACCGUUCGAGUCGCUCACCAGUGUAACCGACCUCGUCGAAUUUACCGUGUUAGACAUCGAGCCGACUGGUAACUCGCGGGGAAAGAAUGUCGCUGCCGAUGCACAGGUCGCACUUUCAGGAGCAUUCAAGUCCUCGCACCCACACGGCAAAGAUGACGGCAUGAUGGACUACGAAAACUCGUCGCUAGCAAACCAGAUUUUCCACACGCGAACGCAUCUAGGCGGUAUCCUCCAGCCAGGUGAUAUCGCGAUGGGCUACUUCCUUUCCAACUCGAACUUCAACUCGGAUGACUUCGCGUCGCUGCCGUCGCAUCGCGUGCCGGACGUCAUACUCGUCAAGAAGGCGUAUCAGAACCGUCGGAAAAAGAACAAGGUGCGCAAGUGGAAGCUACGCAGCAUCGCGAAGGAGGCGGGCGAAGAGGGCGAGACGGGCAGCGGACGCGGUGUCGUGGGGCGCACGGGUGGGCGCGACCAGAAGAAGGUUGAAGAGGACUACGAGCUCUUCCUGCGUGAGCUCGAGGAGGACGAGGAGAUGCGCGGUGCUGUCAACCUCUACCGUGCGAAAGACGACCAACCCGGGGCUGGAUCUGGGCUCGCGGGUGGCAAGACGCGGAAGAAGCAGCAGUUCGACAUGGAAAUUGACGAGAGCGCGCCGGUACCGCCUGCUGCGGACGAAGAGGAAGAGGAAGAUGAGACAGAUUUCCCCCAGGUCAAGCUGGACGAGCUGCUGGAAGAUUUCGACGAGAUGACGCUGGAGGAGCAGCAAGUGUAGAUUUAUUUCUAGACGCAUGUAUCGGUAGCUCCUUGACAUGUACGUGUGCUCUUACACCUGUGUUGUUAUCUCGAGACUCGAGUGCUGUCCUCAGGUCAACUUGACCUCGACUGGCUUUCCAGUUUUGUCCUGAUUGUCGCAGCCUCGAUCUUCUGAGCGCGCUCCGU